UUUAAUUACCGCAUCAUCGGUAGUAAAUGAGCAGUAAAAAAUGCAUACAGAAAUGCAUACAUGUGCCACCAACUUUACAGCAAAUGCCACCUGGCCAUGCAAUGGUGAGACUCUGCAUCAUGCCCACGUUGCUGCCACACCACCCACACCGCCUCACAGCCCACACAGCGGCCGGCAGCAGCGUCAUAUUGCUGGUGGAGAGGAGCUGCUGCGGCGCUCAUACAUUGCACCCACGCGCUGCAUCCACACAGCCUGUCCCCAGCAUGGGGUGGGUGCAAGCACAGCUAUCUUUCUGCAACCGUGUCUUUCUUCCUCAAGGUAGCAAGCCAGCCCAACCGGCUUUGUUGCCCUGAUGGCAGCGCGGUGGUGACACCGGCCCCGUUUUCCACACAGGGGGGUGAGAGGCCACUCCAGGGGCCGGGCAGAGUGCUGGUUGAUAGCAAUGCAGCUGCUGAGGGCCCACUGGGGCUCUGGGUGCCAGCAAAGAGCUCAGGGCGGCCUGCAGCCUGCGGUGCUCGGGGCGGCGUGCGGAGCCGCUGAGAAGCAGGCGCCUGGUUGCCUAGGGAACCAGAUCUUGGCUAGAAAUAGUGAAUCAUUUCCAGGUCACUCUCAACAUGGAGAGUGGAGCGGGGAAGCACUGGACUGAGGAGGAGGUUAAAGCCUUGCUAAGCAUCUGGUCGGAGAAGAGCAUCAGGAAGCAGCUCCACGGCACCCUGAGGAAUAAAGGAAUAUUCAUCUACAUUGCCAAAAGGCUGCAGGAGUUAGGAGUUUGUAGAGAUUGGAAACAGUGCCGGGCAAAGUACAAAAACCUGAAGUAUGAAUACAGAACGGUUAAAUACGCCCGCAACUCCGGGGAUGCCACUAAAACCAUGAAGUUUUUUCAUGACCUGGAUGCCAUACUGCGAUGCGAACCUGUCGCACACUUGGCCGCCGAGGGGAACGGCAGGUGCUCCGCCACCGAGGCGCAGCUCAACGCCAGCCCGACCGCAGACAGCAGCCAAGGUGAAUUAUCAGUUUCUUUAGAAGAUGAUGAGGAUGCUCCAGGAGAUCCACUACUUUUUAUGUCACAAGUCAGACCAGUUCAACUAGGUAAUCCACCGCCAGCAGUAGAGGCUUCUAAAACACCGACUUUCAUUCCAACAGUAGCAAAUGAAGGAGGAAAACACUGGACUGUUAAUGAAGUCAGAGCUCUGAUACACAUAUGGUCAGACAAAAAUAUCCAGCAACAACUGGAGGGGACAGUGAGAAAUAAAAGAAUAUUUGAACAGGUUGCCGCUAGACUUCAAAAGUUCGGAAUUGACAGGGACUGGAAGCAGUGCAGGACAAAAUAUAAAAAUCUGAAACAUGAAUACAAGAGCAUAAAAAAUGGCCAAGACUCAGGGAGUACAAGUAGAAGCAUGAAAUUUUUUAAUGAACUGGAUGCUAUUCUGGGGCACGGUACCAUGGAACAAGCAAGUAAAUCAGAUAAUGAGGAAAGUGAGAGGCCUCCAGAAUGGACAGACGCAAAAUCAGGAAAGGACUCCAUAGAAAUACCUGGAGACACAGGUGAAGAGGAUUCUGUUAGUAAUUUGUCUGAAGACCUACAGGUUGCAGAUAUAAAGAAAGUUUCUGACUCAGAAAUCAUUGAAGAUGAGGAGGACUUCAGCAGUUCCACCAUAGCAGCACUGGAAGCUACACAAAUAAAGAAGGAGACAAUUGAUAUAGAUGAUGAUUCCAUAAGCUCUACCUCAGAAGACAGAUCAUGUACACCACUAGCAAAGCAGAUACCUGAGACAGAUAAUCAUAUCCCCUUGGAAGGAGCACAAAAUCACUUUAAAGUUAUUACAGUUAAUGAUACUGGAGCAGGAAAACACUGGAGCGACAAUGAAGUCAGAGCUCUGAUAAAUAUAUGGUCAGAUGAAAAGAUACAGCAAAUGCUUGAAGGGGCGACAAGAAAUAAAGAAAUAUUUGAGGAAAUUGCCAGAAGGUUAAUGAAACGUGGAAUAGACAGAGACUGGAAACAAUGUCGCACGAAGUACAAGAACCUAAAAUAUGAAUAUCGUGCACUGCAGAAAGAAAAUGAACAUCUUGGUAAUCCCAGGAGAAAAAUGAGAUUUUAUGAUGAAGUUGACUGUAUCUUAAGAAGACAGCCUCUAGGUCCAUCAGGCUGGGGAUGUGAAAGUUCAAGCCUCCUAUCAGUUUCAGUGGGAGACGUUACAGCAAACACAGGAUCCUUGGGUAUAAAGAGAAAAACAUGGAAUGAUGAGAUGUCGCCCAUUCCACUUAAGAAAAGUGCUUCUGAAAACACCAUAUUCCAGUUUCAAAAACUAUUAACAGAGAGAGUGAACACAGUAACAGAAGGCAAAAAGUUACUAUUAGAAAGGCUUUGUAAGCAGGAAGAAAUGCAAGACCUCAACAGAACACAGCUGUAUGCACAUCCAUCAGCCAUGCAACAGAAAACGUGUCUGCAAUUGCCAGUGAGCAGGAUUUACCUCACCAACAAAUGUGCAACGAAGGUGAAUCUGCUUUUGUGUAUUCUGCUUUGUGACUACAAAGCAUAACUUGUUUUUUAAAGCUGUUUUAACAUUCUUUGUCAGUCUUUUUUGCCAUUCGCAUUUAUUCUCAGUCAGUAGCAGUACGAGAUCAAAUGUAUAGGGGCGUUUGGCAUCAUCUAAAAUUUACUUACCAUUUCCACUUAUUCCUAACAAUUAAUUGACUUGAAUAUAUAGGAAGAUUAGAUAGAUAAAUCCAAGUGGCUUAAGGAAAGCCCUUCAUUGCAGCUAUGGUUGUGAUUCAACAUCACUUUCUGGUUAGAGACAAAAUAACAUGAAUGUUGCAUUUAGAAUUCCAGUUGCCUAAAGCUGUUGUCUGUCUCCUUUAGACAGUAUCACCCACGGUAAUGACAAUGGGCCAAAUAGAGUAUCACCAAAAUGAAGGCUUUCUCAAUAAAAGUCCCUUGAAAAUAAUGAUUACUUAAGCCAAUACUCUAAUCCUUUGAGAGUAUUUUUACAUCCACUUGAGCUUGUGCUAUGGUUCUGCUCUGCUUUAGCCUUGUGAUAAUCACACAAUAUUUAGUCUAGGCACACUCACAAGAAAGUUGAAUGGAACCUGGGGUACUGACAUGAGCUAAAUGUUAGGUGUAAGAGCACUGCAGGAAAACUGAAAGGGUCUGGGAAGUACAGCUGCUUAGAAGCAGGUUCUUAGGAACCACAGUAUGGUUCCUGUUAAGCAACAUGGCCAGACCAAGUUGUUCACAUAUAACUGCUCCUGAUAAUCUAAUACAAAUUACAUCAUAGAAAUGAUCCAGCUGAAAUAUCAAAACCAAUAUCAAGGAAUGAUGGGAGUAACAGCAACAGUAUAAAAAACAGAGAUCUUUGCUCUUCUCCCUUCUCAAAUACCCGUGCUUUUGCAGGAGGAUCAUUCAGUCUAGCAUAAGGACAAACCUGUUUCCUUCCCAGUUUACAAAUAUUCAUUUUUUUGUUGUAUAGCAGAUAAACAUUGCAGUCACCACUCUGAUCUAUAUUAAGUGUUCAGUUCACCUCUAAACCACACUUAUUCGCUGAUACAAAUGGCUCACUUUAUGUGCCUUUGAUAGGGUUAUUACUCUGCAUUCUGAAUGCCCCAAAUAGAUUUCCUGGUAGACCAAACUAUAUUGGGCCAAAUGCAUGGAGAAUGGGCUUCACUGAGCAGAAGUACUUGCAUUCUUGGUGGAUCCACAAUCACCACUGUUGCUUAAAUGGCACUUUCCUCCAGACUCCCACCUUUCUCCUGCAGCAAAGUAACCUUUGUGUUGGCACAAGCAAUUGUGCUCAAAUGAGUUGUCCAGCCUUAAGUUGUAACCUGAUAAAAAGUCCCUCCAAACAACUUCUAAGUUGUUCUGUUUUGUUGUUGCUGCUGCUGCUUUUUUUUCCCCCCUUAAGAUCAAGAACAUGAAUGUGAGACAUAGCAGAAAGAGCAGGCAAGACAAUCUGUUUUAUCCAGCCCUCCUGUGUCACAUACAAGCCUCCCUCCAUGCAUCAGGCUCUACUGUGAGGUACAGGCAGUCAAGCCAAUUAAGAGCAAUCCUGUGAAAAUAACUGGAGAGCUGUAUCAUACCUACAUGGAUGACUUAUCUAAAGGCAAUGAGAAGAAAAAAAUUAGAGUUUCACUCUCACACCAUGGGUAGGUUAACAUGAUGGAAUUAAACUCCAUUGGACAUAAUGGCUGUUCUGAAAUAUCUGCCUUUACUAAACACUUCAGAACCGCUUCCCUCCUGUUUUUCCCACUCCUUAUGUUAUCUCAUUCCAAUUGCUUACUCUACAUCCAGAAACAAGAGCUAGGGUUGAGCUGCAUUUUGUUAAAUGAGCAUUAGAUUUCAGGGAUUUCAACUUACAACAUAAAUCUGCCUUCAUGUUCCGGAAAUCACCAUGCAGAAAGUUACAUAAAAGCAGAGCAGAUUCAACAGCCACCAAACGCACAGGCCUCCAUCCUCCUCUUCCUGCAGUAGUGAGGGUUGGGGCAUAUAACCAAAUGGGGCUGUCCACAUCUAGCAGCAUAGAAUGGCCUAUAAACUUACACCAAUCUUAACUGAAGAUAAAGUGUUAGCACAUUUACAUGCAGUGUGUGUCUCUGAAAGUACUCAGGAAUGUUUAACCACGCAGCACAUGCAGCAUCAAUGUGCUGGUAAAAUAUCAUAAGGGGUCAAAUAAUUACUACACAAAUAUCUUUCCCAGUCUAUUCCGCAGGUAAUGUAUAUAGAAAUAUGAUUAAUUAAAACAAAAAAAGGCAUUUAGACAAUUAAACCAUUAACAAUACUAUUCCUGCCUCUGAGAAUGGAGGAUCUACUAAACCCGUACUGGGUUUCUGAGUUUAAAUGAAAGUUAAAUAUACUACAUAGCAAAUUAUAACCCACAGCAUAUCCAUGCUCCUCAGAAAAUUCCCAUUCAAAUACUGCCAUGUCCAGUUUGCUCCAGUAAGAUUUGCAGUGUAAGACAGGAUACCAAUAGCUUGCUAAAAAGCCUUUAAAAUCUAUAUUGCAAUGAACGGGAUGCAUAGAAAACGUAGAUAAUGUUAUUUGAUAUGCUAUACUGUCUACAGAUAUUAGAAAGAGUAGCUAAUUGGAAACAACAAGUAAUUCCACUAGACAGAAAAUGAAGUAAAAAUUCUACACAUAUAACGGUGAUUAUUUUGGCAUCACUAAGUGAGCUUUAAUAGUGGUCAGUAAGGGGGAAGUAUCAGAAAAGCAAGUUUUCUUCUCCAUUUACUUCCAUUCUCCUAACAAAUUCCACACACAGACCCAGCUGAGCUGGGACAGGCAGGAUUCCCUUCCUUAACCAGGCUUCCACCUGCACAGCAGAGGACUUUCAAAGACCUUGUUGAAAUGAACAUCAGUUUCAGCACACGGCAUUACUGCCAAAAGUAUUUUCCAGAGAAUUUUGCAAAAAGUUAACAGGAAUCACACUUGUUCCAAGAUUAACGUUGCAAAUUUGUCCUGGUCAAGGACUUCAAUGACGUUUAAUAGAUUUGUAACUCAAAGUACUCCUCCUCCCUCUCUCACUGCCCCCAAGAAAACCCUCUCCUUACCAAUAUCCCUUAACUUGACUUUGGUUUGCUGUCCUUGGAUUUUACUUUGUUCUCUAGCUUACUUUUCAUAAAGAUGACUUAGAAUAUGUCCUUAGUUAAACUGGGACUGUGUUCUUAGUGCAGGGAAGGCCUUGAUUAGUGCGCAAGCAGGAAUACGCUCAGUUUUUUGUUUCAAUUCAUGGUACAUGACUAUAAAGUAAAAGCCAAUAAAAAGCCAUAUUCUGCCUUCCUUAAAGGACAAUUUCUGACAUGUAUAGCAUAAGAAUAAUUAGCAAUGUAAAAGAAUUGUGACCGUGCUCAUCUCAGGCCAGUAGUCAUUAUCUAAACAUCCCUAUUAAUCUCAGUGUGAGGCCUAAGGGAUGUAGCUUCCAAUGGACAAUGAAACCUCUGUUAGUUGCUCAGGACAUGGUUGGGACUAUCCAUUAAUAUUAACUGCAUCUCUCUUUCAGAUUUAAUCCCCAAAAGGAAUAUGGCUAAGAGACACUUCUUAGCUUUUCAGUUUAAAAGAACAGACUUAACAAAAUUUACCAAUGCAGUUAAUGCUAUCUAUCUUAUUCUU